AUGAGUUGUGUCGUUGGCCAAGCACCCUGGUUCGAUGAACAGACCGUAUGUCUUACGGGUUCAACGUGGUGGCUGACGAGCCAAGUCUGCAGAACCACGGCACUUCCAGAAAAAGGGCAUAGGCGAGUUCAUAUUUCUCAAGAAUAUGAGAAGAAGAUACAUGGCCUCGACGACCGUCUUACCAACAUCGAGCACGCGCUUGCCAGUAUAGCCUCCAAAUUAGAGAACAACCAGACUCCUUCAGCUUCCGGAGAGUCGGUUAGCCAGAUAAGGACGCAGCAAAGCCGACUUUUUGACAGCAUUGUCGUUCCGGCUGUGGAGACACCUGCGCAUUUCGAAGGCAAGACUGGAAACAACACGCAGUCAGACUAUGUCCGAAAUUUACUUGUCCAGGUAGUGGGCGAAACACCAUCAGUGGGUCAGAAUGCAGAAGUCAGAGCCGCAUUGACAGCAAUGGAGGAGUUGGUCGCUCGACACAACCAUGACACAGCUUUAACGACUUCACUAAACCAACCCUUGCUCGACCGCUCCGUUGCAAGUGUUGAUGAUGAAACGCUAGGACGGCCUCCUUGGGAGGUUGUAACGUCUGUAUUAGACAAAGCUUUGAAGGCACCGAACUUGAUGUUCGCUAAUCUGUCUUCAAUGCUGAAGUUGGAGACAUUGUGUGAGAUCAUUGAGGAUGCCUAUUUCCAUCCAACCACAUGCGGCACUGCGCGCCGUCUUCUAGCGUACGGUGUGCUUUUCAACCUCUUCACGUGGUUCUCGAUGACGCCAUGGAGUGGUAUCAAUAUGAAGACCUUGAAAGAGUAUGUGUCAAACACAGCCAAAAAACAUAUGGAAAUCGCCCUGAGUCAACUCGGCAUGUUCUACUCAGCGACCUAUGAGCAUGCUGCAGCUCUUUGUGUGGGUACAGCCUGCGCGAUUCAGCAGUGUAGGCCCUCGCUUGCCUGGGUUCUAGUCUCCAACGCCGCCGAAUUAUGCCAAAAUCUAGGCUACCACCGAUUCGAAACGAUGAAGUAUGAUACAAAACAAGAACAGAGAUUUAAGAUGCACAUUUUCUGGUUUGUGUGCAUGUUUGAAAAGCAACUAUCACUGCGCUUAGGCCGCGUGAGUCGAAUCCAUGAUUGGGAUGUAUCGUUACCUCUUCUCGCUAUGAGGGAGACAGCGCCCAAUGGCUUUAAAGGAGGCGACAAGUUGAUUUACUGGGUCAAGGUGGCUAAGGUCUCGGGGCAGAUCUACGAAAAACUUUACAGUCCAGCUGCGUUCCGCAAACCGUCCGAAGAGCGAUCCCGGACGGCCGCUGCUCUCGUAGAAGCGAUGAAUAAGGCUUGGAGUGAACGAGGACAAGGAAGUAUCAUGGACAUGAAGGAGAAUUUGAGCUUAAACGAGACUGAGGUGCCGUCCAAGCGCAGGAAACUUCGGCAUGAAGGCCAAGUUGCUUUGGAGCCCGAUACGAAUACGCAAAGUGUUUCCAGUCGCUUAGAGGGCGUCUUCCUCUAUGCCGACGUUGUAGUGCACUACUCGACCUGCGCACUCAUACAGCGAGCAACAAGCUUGGACAACAGCACCUUCAGCCAAGAAUGUCUUGAAUCUUCCCGAGCUGCGCUUACAGCACAUAUGCGAAGUAAUGCUAAAUUCAACACUGGUGAGAAGACAGAGUUAUGGGCAGGAUACGUUCAGUGGUCAAUCCUCCAGGCUCCACUCACCCCGUUCAUGGUCUUGUUCAGCAAUGCGAUACAGCAAACUGAUCCCACAGAUCUGAAGUCUCUUGCAGACUUCGUCACAAGUCUCGAGUCGUGUCGAGAAUUCUCUGCAGGUGCAGAAAAGCUGUACAAGAUGUGUCUCCUCUUCUCUAAAGUUGCUGGCUUCUACAUCCAGGCAAAGAUCCAAGAGCGUCAGAAUGCCCAGAUGCCAUCGUUCUCGAGCUCGGAACAAGGAUACAUCAAUGCGAUAAAUGCAGACGCCCCAAUCGAUCUUGAUACCAUUGCACAAUUUGGUCCGCACCUGAGCGCUCUUGGCUUCGUGUCUGACCCCAUGUGGUCGACGGCGGAACAUGCGCCAGGUAUGACAACCCAAGGACAAGAUUUCUACGUCCCAGAACUUGAGGUGGAUAACGUAUCAGGAUCUGAUGGAUUAGGCACGCGCUAUGACACCGAGGGUGUAAGCCAUAAUUCGAUACAAGACUGGUUUGCAGGGUCACGAUAUUUGAAUGGUUUUAUCGACACGGGGAUUGACAUGCAGAUGCCAGAAUUCAGCUUUGUAUGA